GUGCGCAAUAAUAUUAAAAUUCUCGUGGUCUCACAAGCGUCAUCUUAUCACGCAUCGUUUCAGGGCACUAUACUCUCUUGCUGCAACACGACGCAUCCAGGAAGCUAUGGUGCUCUUCAAGGUUGCUCGGGUAGGCACUCGGCCCAUCGAUGGCCAGAAGCCUGGUACCUCUGGUCUCCGUAAGAAGGUGAAAGUUUUCAAGGAACCUCACUACUUGCACAAUUUUGUUCAGGCAACAUUCAAUGCUUUAACAGCAGAAAAAGUCAGAGGUGCUACACUGGUUGUAUCUGGCGAUGGUCGUUAUUUUUCAAAGGAAGCUAUUCAGAUCAUUAUUAAAAUGUCAGCAGCAAAUGGAGUAAGAGGUGUUUGGGUUGGUCAAAAUGGAUUGCUUUCAACUCCUGCUGUAUCUGCUGUUAUACGUGAGAGAGCUGGAGCUGAUGGAUCCAGGGCAACUGGUGCAUUUAUAUUGACUGCAAGUCACAAUCCUGGUGGUCCUGAUGAGGAUUUUGGAAUUAAAUAUAACAUGGAAAAUGGUGGGCCAGCUCCAGAGGGAAUUACUAACAAGAUCUAUGAGAACACUAAAACAAUUAAGGAGUACUUCAUUGCUGAAGAUCUGCCUGAUGUGGAUAUUGCUACAACAGGUGUUACAAAUUUCACAGGACCUGAAGGACAAUUUGACGUUGAGGUUUUUGAUUCAGCAAGUGAUUAUGUCAAAUUGAUGAAGUCAAUUUUUGAUUUCGAGUCCAUCAGGAAACUACUAUCAUCUCCCAAAUUCACAUUCUGCUACGAUGCUCUACACGGUGUUGCUGGAGCUUAUGCAAAGCCUAUUUUUGUGGAAGAGCUUGGCGCACAAGAAAGCUCUUUACUCAACUGUACACCAAAGGAAGACUUUGGAGGUGGACAUCCAGAUCCUAAUUUGACAUAUGCAAAGGAGUUGGUUAACCGCAUGGGAUUGGGCAAAUCAGACCCACAAGGUGAGCCCCCAGAGUUUGGUGCUGCUGCUGAUGGUGAUGCAGAUCGUAACAUGAUACUUGGUAAAAGGUUUUUUGUUACUCCGUCAGAUUCAGUGGCCAUCAUUGCUGCAAAUGCUGUAGAGUCUAUACCCUACUUUUCUGGUGGCUUAAAAGGCGUUGCCAGGAGUAUGCCAACCUCUGCUGCCCUGGAUGUUGUAGCCCAACACCUGAAGUUAAAAUUUUUUGAGGUUCCCACCGGCUGGAAGUUCUUUGGUAAUUUAAUGGAUGCUGGGCUGUGUUCAAUUUGUGGUGAAGAAAGUUUUGGAACUGGUUCGGACCAUAUUCGUGAGAAAGAUGGAAUAUGGGCAGUUUUGGCCUGGCUAUCUAUCCUUGCUUAUAAAAACAAAGAUAAUCUUGGCGGAGACAAGCUUGUAACAGUUGAAGACAUAGUUCGCAAGCAUUGGGCUACUUAUGGGCGUCAUUAUUAUACUAGAUAUGACUAUGAAAAUGUGGAUGCAGGGGCAGCGAAGGAACUGAUGGCAUAUUUGGCCAAACUGCAAUCGUCUCUUUCUGAAGUCAAUCAGAUAAUUAAGGGAGUAAGGUCAGAUGUGUCGAAUGUUGUCCGUGCUGAUGAAUUUGAAUACAAAGAUCCUGUCGAUGGUUCCAUAUCAUCACAUCAGGGCAUCCGAUACUUGUUUGAGGAUGGAUCACGAUUGGUUUUCCGCCUGUCUGGAACUGGAUCAGUCGGUGCUACUAUUCGCCUGUACAUUGAGCAAUAUGAGAAGGAUUCAUCAAAAACUGGGAGACUUUCACAAGAAGCACUUGCCCCGCUGGUGGAGGUUGCAUUGAAACUUUCAAAGAUGCAAGAAUUCACCGGGCGAUCAGCUCCUACUGUCAUUACAUGAUGCAUACAGCUGAAGCUGGCUCAGAUUUAUUUCCCACAAAGUCAUCCCUCUUUCCCGAGUUUAACCCAGUUUAUAACCCUGUGACAAGGAAAAGCCCUCGUUUAUGGUUCUGUUGUCAUUCACUGUUCCUACAGGGUUACCUUAAAUUUUGUCGUGCUAAAUAAUCUCAAUUUGAAAAUCUUGCUGAUACGUAUUCUCAAGAUACUGCUUCCUCGUCGUUGGUAUAA